GUUCCUACAGACAAGUUUCAGGAGAAGCUGAGGACUGAGGAGUUUCGCGAAAGGGGAUACAUACAGCACAGGGCGGAGGAGAGCUCGGACUGUUUCACUUAGAUAAUCGAUCUAACGAUAAUCGCCCUUUUACCUUUGUUAAUUUUGUACCACUUGAACCCUUGGAUUUUUUUCUAUUUUCGUGCAUUUUAAUGGAUGUAUAAUACUUUGCGUAGCGGUAAGACGUAUUCUACCCACUUAAAGGAAUGGGGAAUUACAAAGUGUGGAUAUUCCUAUGGGUCCUGCUCUUUUCUGUCGGCUGCGAAGGUUUCAAAUGCCAGGACAAUAGCUGGCCCUGUGAAAACGGGGGUACGUGCGGCUUGUUGGAUGGCCAGUCCAGAUGCGUAUGUCGACGUGGGUUUACAGGAGAGUUUUGCCAGUUUCAGGAUCCAUGUCACAAGUCACCAUGUUUAAAUGGAGCAGAAUGCCGGAGUUCAGUGCUGGAUAGCUUAGUCCAGCAUACCUGUAUUUGUCAGCGUGGAUUUAGAGGUCAAGAUUGUUCCCUGAUAGAUGCCUGUGUUACCAAUCCUUGUGCCAAUGGUGCACGCUGUGUAAAUUGGAACAACCGCUACAACUGCUCAUGUCCACCUGGUUUUCAGGGGAAAAACUGCCGCGAUGAUAUUGAUGAAUGUAGAACUGCGAGCAUAUGUCUAAAUGGGGGUGCCUGUGUCAAUACCAUUGGAUCAUUCCGUUGUCACUGCCAACCAGGUUUCACUGGAAGAGCCUGUGAGGUGAUCUCUGUGCCAUGCUCUCCAUCACAGUGCAUGAAUGGUGGUACCUGUGGCCAGACUGGAGACCUUACAUACAAGUGCACAUGUUUGCCAGGGUUUGAAGGUCAAAACUGUGAAAUCAACAUUGAUGACUGCCCGGGACACAAGUGUAUGAAUGGAGGAACAUGUGUUGAUGGAGUGAAUACCUAUAACUGCCAGUGUGCACCAGAGUGGACAGGUCAGUUCUGUACUGAAGAUGUCAACGAGUGUCUCCUGCAACCCAAUGCUUGUCACAAUGGAGGAACAUGCUUCAACACUAUUGGCGGACACACAUGUGUCUGUGUGAAUGGCUGGACUGGGGAAGACUGCAGUGAAAACAUUGAUGACUGUGCCAAUGCUGUAUGCUUCAAUGGUGCAACUUGCCAUGACAGGGUGGCCUCAUUUUUCUGUGAAUGCCCUGUUGGAAAAACAGGUUUGCUUUGCCAUCUGGAUGAUGCCUGUGUCAGCAAUCCCUGCAAUGAAGGUGCAGUGUGUGACACCAACCCACUUAAUGGGAGAGCUAUAUGCACUUGUCCACCUGGAUUUACUGGGGGUGCUUGUAACCAAGAUGUGGAUGAGUGCUCUAUUGGUGCCAAUCCUUGUGAGCACUUUGGAAAAUGUGUAAAUACUGAGGGGUCCUUUCAGUGCCAGUGUGGCAAAGGCUAUACAGGACCUCGCUGUGAGAUUGAUAUCAAUGAGUGCUUGUCAAUGCCUUGUCAAAAUGAUGCCACUUGUCUUGAUCGGAUUGGGGAAUUCAGCUGCAUCUGUAUGCCAGGGUUUAUGGGAAUAUAUUGUGAAAUAGAUAUGAACGAAUGUGAGAGCAACCCCUGUGUCAAUGAUGGGAAAUGCAAAGACCUUGUCAAUGGUUUCUUCUGCACAUGCAAGCCAGGAUUUACUGGAUUAAUGUGCCAGAUAGACAUUGAUGAGUGUGCCAGCACACCUUGUCAGAAUGGUGCCAAAUGUUAUGACAGACCUAAUGGGUAUGAUUGUCGCUGUGCUGAAGGAUUUGAGGGAACCCUUUGUGAGAGAAACAUUAACAACUGUGAUCCUGACCCAUGUCAUCAUGGGACGUGUGUUGAUGGAAUUGCCAGUUAUACGUGUAUCUGUGAACAUGGCUACACUGGAUACCGUUGUGAGAACCAGAUCAAUGAGUGUCACAGCAACCCUUGUCAAAAUGGUGGAAAGUGCGUUGAUUUGGUCAACAAAUACAUUUGCCACUGCUUGCCUGGAACAUCAGGAAAUAAUUGUGAGAUAAACCAUGACGACUGUGCUAGCAACCCCUGUGAUUACGGAAUUUGUCAAGAUGGAAUAAACCGAUAUGACUGCAUUUGUAAGCCGGGCUUCACAGGGCCAUUAUGCAAUAUUGAAAUUGACGAAUGUGCCUUGAAUCCUUGCCUUAACGGUGGCACCUGUGUGGACCGAGAAAAUGGUUUCACUUGUAUUUGUCCUGAGGGGUUUCAUGAUCUACUGUGCUACUCUGAAGUGGAUGAGUGCAGCAGUAGCCCUUGUGUGCAUGGUACAUGCCGUGAUGAUGUUAAUGGCUAUAAGUGUGAUUGUGAACCCGGCUGGGUGGGAGCUAAUUGUGAUGUCAACCGAAAUGAUUGCUACUUGAACCCUUGUCAGAAUGGAGGCACCUGCACAGACCUAGUGAAUGGUUACAACUGCAGGUGCAAGGAAGGGUUUAGAGGAGCCGUGUGCCAAAACAAUAUUAAUGAAUGUGCUUCAAACCCAUGCCUUAACAAAGGAACCUGCAUUGAUGGGAUCGCCAGCUAUACCUGUCUGUGCAGUCUGCCGUAUUCCGGCCAUAACUGUGAAAAAGUGCUGACACCCUGUUCACCUAAUCCUUGUGAAAAUGAAGGUGUGUGUGUUCACAGCCCUGACUAUGAGAGCUUUACAUGCACCUGUCCAGCGGGAUGGCAAGGUCAGAGAUGCAACAUAGAUAUCAAUGAAUGCGCCUCAAGUCCUUGUAGGAAUCGUGGAACUUGCGCCAACACCCUUGGGGGAUACUCAUGUUCCUGCCGGCCAGGAUUUACAGGAGCCAACUGUGAAACUGACAUCAACGACUGUGCUUCCAAUCCCUGUCAGAAUGGUGGAACAUGCACAGACGGUAUCAACUCAUUCAAAUGUACCUGCAUGUUGGGCUUCACGGGUACCCGUUGUGCAAUUGAGAUAAAUGAGUGUCACAGUAAUCCAUGCCGUAAUGGAGGAACAUGCACAGACUACGUCAACAGCUACACCUGCACUUGUAAGCCAGGCUUUGCUGGCAUUCACUGUGAGACUAAUAUUCCUGACUGCACUGAAAGCUCCUGCUUUAAUGGCGGCACAUGCCAUGAUGAAAUUAAUGGCUAUACCUGCCGAUGUCGCCCUGGAUUCACUGGGUCUAACUGCCAGUUUGAGAUCAAUGAGUGUGACUCCCAACCGUGCCUCAACAGGGGAGUGUGUAUUGAUGCACUGGAGUCCUUUAGAUGUAACUGUCUUCCUGGAUACACUGGUUCUCGCUGCCAGACUGUGGUGAACUUGUGCAACAGCUUCCCUUGUAAAAAUGGAGGACGGUGUAUACAGAAGGAUGCCACUUUCACCUGCGAAUGUCCAAAGGGAUAUUAUGGCCGAUAUUGUGAUAUCCCCAGCAUUUCCUGCGAGAUAGCUGCAGUACAGAAGAGGACGAAUAUUAAUCGUAUUUGCCGCUACGAUGGUUACUGUGUGAAUUCAGGCACCAGCCACUAUUGUGUAUGCCAGAAGGGCUACACUGGUAGCUACUGCGAGAGUGAGAUCAACCUUUGUGACCAGAAUCCAUGCCGCAAUGGAGCCACCUGCAGGAGCUAUAUGGGAGAAUACACCUGUGAGUGUUUACCUGGUUACACAGGCAUGAACUGUGAGGCUGAGAUAAAUGAGUGUGAAUCUCAUCCAUGCCAAAAUGGUGGCACUUGUAUUGACCUUGUUGGCCACUAUAUUUGUUCCUGUCCUCCUGGCACCCUAGGUGUGCUCUGUGAGAUCAAUGAAGAUGAUUGUAGUCUUACACCUGGCAGCAGAAUACCCAAAUGCAUGAACAAUGGGACAUGUGUGGACAAAGUAGGAGGGUACCGCUGUAAUUGCCCCCCUGGGUUUACUGGAGAGAGGUGUGAGGGUGAUAUCAAUGAGUGCCAGUCCAAUCCUUGCAUCCGUCCAAACACAGUUGAUUGUAUCCAGCUGCCCAAUGACUACCAGUGUGUGUGUAAACCAGGUUUUACAGGGCGCAGAUGUCAAAGCAUCAUUAACUUGUGUGAAUCUCAGCCCUGUCAGAAUGGUGGGACAUGCUCAGUGACACUUAACUCUGCUCUUGGGUACAGCUGUGCUUGUCAGCCGAAUUUUGUAGGGUCAAACUGUGAGAGAAAUCUGCUAUCCUGCCGGGAGCUGAUCUGCUACAAUGGAGGAACCUGCAGCAACACCCAGUCAGGCUCCCGUUGUACCUGCCCACCAGGAUUUAGUGGUUUUGACUGCAAGGCAAAUGGCAGUUGCACCCACCAGACCUGCCUCAGUGGGGGCAUUUGCAAAGAGGACAAGGCCUUCCCAUACUUCCAAUGUCUCUGCCCACGUGGCUUUUUUGGGAAGCGAUGUGAGCGUCUGGUCAGCUUGGCAGCCCCAAUCACUCCUGCUCCAAUUCCUCAAUGUCCUUUUCUGGAAUGCAAAAACAAAGCAAAAGAUGGAGUGUGUGACAAAGAGUGCAACACGUAUGCUUGCCAGUGGGAUGGUGAGGACUGCUCACUUGCAGUUAACCCCUGGAUGAAAUGUCCUCAGUGCUGGAAGUACUUCAACAACAGUCAGUGUGACGAGAUGUGCAACAGUGCCGAAUGCCUGUAUGACAACUUUGACUGCAACAAGAAGGAGAAGGUCUGCAACCCUAUCUAUGAAAAGUACUGCAUGGACCACUAUGCGGAUGGACGUUGUGAUCAAGGAUGCAAUAAUGAGGAGUGUGGUUGGGAUGGGCUUGACUGUGCCUCAAAUGAGCCAGAAAUGCUGGCUGAAGGAGUUCUCGUGAUCACUGUCCUGCUACCACCUGAAGAGCUCCUCCGUACCAGUACCACCUUCUUGCUAAAAUUGAGCUCCAUCUUGCGAACCUCCCUGCGCUUCCGGCUCAACAAGGAUGGCACUUACAUGAUCACCCCUUACUACCGCAACAACUCUCGCCUCCAGAAAAGAGAGCUAGAGGAAGAGAUCAUUGGUUCUGUGGUCAAUUUGAUAAUUGACAAUCGCCUUUGUGUUAAGGAUUCUGAUAAGUGCUUCCCAUCUGCUGAAAGUGCUGCUGAAUACCUUGGGGCAUUAUCUGCUGUGGAGAGACUAAGCUUCCCCUACCCUAUCAAGCAAGUUUACGGAGGGCAAAACCCACCACCACCACCACCACCAAUUUUGAAUAAGCUACUUCCUCUAGUGGUAGUUGCAGCUGUCAUCCUCUUGGUGAUCUUGGUUCUUGGGGUGUUAGUGGCAAGACGAAAGCGAGAACAUAGCACCUUAUGGUUUCCAGAGGGCUUCUCCCUGAACAAAGAGUCUAGCAAAAAAAGCCGCAGAGAGCCACUUGGUCAGGAUGCUCUGGGCAUGAAACACAUUCCAAAAGCAGUAGAGGAGAGUUUACUCACAGAUCACAGCGAUCAGUGGAUGGAUUCAGACUGCCCUGAAGCCAAGAGAUUAAAGGUUGAAGAACCGGGAUCUCUUACUGAUUCUGAGGACACGGUGGAUUGUAGGCAGUGGACACAGCAUCACCUAGUUGCAGCUGAUAUCCGAAUGCCUCCCUCCAUGGCACUGACACCCCCUCAAGGGGAGUUUGACAACAAUGACAGCAUGGAUGUUAACGUUAGAGGUCCAGAUGGCUUUACACCUUUAAUGUUGGCUUCAUUCUGCGGUGGAGGUCUUGAGACAGAUGUGACAGAGGAGGAAGAUACAGACGACUCAUCUGCCAACAUCAUCUCUGACCUGAUUUACCAAGGCGCCAACUUAGCAGCUCAAACUGACCGUACUGGGGAGACUGCUCUUCAUCUGGCUGCGCGAUAUACACGUGCAGAUGCUGCAAAGCGGCUUUUGGAUGCAGGAGCUGAUGCCAAUGCCCAAGAUAAUACUGGCAGGACGCCUCUUCAUGCCGCUGUUGCUGCUGAUGCACAGGGUGUCUUUCAGAUUUUGAUCAGAAAUAGAGCAACAGACCUGGAUGCAAGAAUGUAUGAUGGAUCCACUGCUCUAAUCCUUGCUGCUCGCUUGGCAGUUGAAAUGAUGGUGGAAGAGCUCAUUGCAUGCCAUGCAGAUGUCAAUGCUGUUGAUGAGCAAGGAAAAUCAGCUUUGCAUUGGGCGGCUGCAGUUAACAACGUGGAAGCUACGCUGGCAUUGCUAAAGAAUGGAGCUAACAAAGACAUGCAAGACCUUAAGGAGGAAACACCUUUGUUUUUAGCUGCUCGUGAAGGCAGCUGUGAAGCAGUGAAAAUCCUACUGGACCACUUUGCCAACAGGGAGAUAACUGAUCACAUGGACAGGCUUCCCAGGGACAUUGCCCAAGAGAGAAUGCACCAUGACAUUGUGCAGCUGCUAGAUGAAUACAACACAGUGCGUAGCCCGCAGGGCCAUGGUGGACAAACCCAUCAUAUGGCAGGGAGCCACACCUUGUCCCCACUCAUGUGCCCACCCACUGCGUUCAUGCCUGGCCUCAAGCAGACACCACAGGGCAAAAAAGCAAGACGUCCCAGCUCCAAAGGGGUUGGCAUGAACAGUAGUCAGCCACAUGGCAGCCUGUCACGAGAAGCUAAGGAGUCUGCAAAGGCCAGAAACAAGAAGUUAUCACUUGACUGCCAAGGAUCACUGAUGGAAAGUUCUGUCACCCUGUCGCCAGUGGACUCUUUGGAUUCACCAAGGGGUGGUUAUGUCACAAACCCAACUUCUCCUGCCAUCGCUUCACCCGGUAUGUUUCAUCCUCCCUCAUCCAUGUCUGUUCCCUCCACUCCUGUGGUACACAGUCUCCUAGAUGGCCCCUUUGCAGUCUCUUUGGCACAGUUAAGUGAUAUUGGAGAAGUGCCUGGUCCUGGGCAGAGUGCAGCCAUCUUGUCAAUGAAUCCCAUGCAGUCACGUGUUUCAAUGUCUUCAGUCAACGUCAGCACAGGUCAGCCUAACUAUGUUCUAAAUGCUAGCCAGCUGGGUCUGAACUUGGGUAUGGUGAACCCAGUGAGUGUUCCCUUUGAUUGGCAAACACAUGUACCUACCACUUCCCAGUGUAACCAGCAUGUCAUUAACCUGGUGCACCCAAUCAAUACUCAGGCGGGCAUGCAUCAGCAGAAUCAGCAAGUGGCUCUUCAGCAUCAAGGCCUCAUUUUGCAGCACCAGCAGCGCCUGUUUCAUGGUUCGCAGGCCCUUGUACAACAACACAGUCCAGUGAAGAUGCCAAUUGUGGUGGAACAACAGCAACAGAUCAGUCAACCCCAACAGCAGCAGCAGCAACCACCUAUGCACAACCAAGCCUUAGCCAAUCAGCAGACAAUGGCUAGACUAGGUUCAUCCACUCCACCAGAUGGUCAGCCGGGCCCUCCACCUCCUCCUCCACCUGCUCAACCCACGCAGCAGAGUGCUUCACAGCCCCAGUUCUUCAAGCAGCAAAGUAACCCUGCAGUGGAGGACUACCCCACUCCUCCUUCACAACACAGCUAUGGAUCAGCGCAUGACAACACGCCCAAACAUUACCUGCACUUGCAGAAUGAGCACCCAUACCUGACUCCCUCUCCGGAAUCUCCCGAGCAGUGGUCAAGCCCUUCUCCACAUUCCAUGUCUGACUGGUCAGACUCUGCCCCCAGCCCUGCCAUCACAGGUCCGGUUCAGACGCAAAUCCCCCAUAUGCAGGAACAGAACACCAAGAUGCAGGUGUUUGCAUGAACCGAAAACAACAUGAAUGGACACCAGAGAUUGAAGCUUCUCUGUACAACGGUUACAGCACAGUAAAUCCCAAAAGAUGAUGUUUCUUCUUUGGAGUUUUACCCAUUGCUGUUUGUUUGUUUGUUUUCAAAAAACCUUUUUUGUGUUUUUUCUAAACAAAAAAGGUAAACAAGUUGUCUUAUAAGACAUUUUUUGUAUGAAGUAAGACAUUUUGUACAGAGAAUGCUCUGGAAUAUGAAGAAGUCUUUAAUUUCAAAGACAAGGAAUAGUUCUCGUGGGAAGAAAAGAUACUUUUUAGAGAGAAAGAAAAGUUUGAAGGAAAUUUCUUAAAUUUCUGUUUUAUUUAUUGCUGUAUUGCUAGUGAUUUUAUUAUAUCACUGCCUGUACCUCUUUCUUAGUUUUAAUCCCCAUUCCCCGAUUUUUUUUUUUUAUCACUGCCGAUUCAUUUCUAAAGAAAAUGAAUUGUAUUUUUUAAUAGUAUCACUAAAGUAAUUGUUCUUAUAUUUUUUUUAGUAUGUGUGUAUUUCUGUGUGUGUAAAUUGCAGGCGUUUGCUGAUUAGCACCUAAACAGUUAAUGUCCUAGGUAUAAGAAAUUGGCCAAUGUCUACUGAGACUAGGAGAAAAGUAUGUGCUGCUGCAGCAAGUGAGGAAUGUUCCUGUCUGUGAUGGGUAAUUUUGCAUGUUGAUAGGUGGCAUACAUCUUUACGAGUAGACACAUUCUACCCAGUAUUAUUCUCUCCAAGUUGGUCAUUCCAGUCCCUUAUAAUUAUUAUCACCUCAUAAGCUAUUACAGCAGUUAUGUUAAUUAUUUUUCAAGAUAACAGGUUCAGAAAUUAGAAGAGUACAUUCUGUCCAACCAACACAGUGCCUGUCCUUUUCAAAAGGGACCUGAGCCAGUUUUAUGAAAUAUGAUGCACUUACCAUUAUUCUCUGUGGCUCCCUAGAGGAUUAUUACUUCACUGGACCCAUUCUUUAUCACCUGAAUAUAUUUAAAAACUUUUUGUUAUUUUUGAGCUAAUGAAAACGUUCAAACAAACAUUACUGAAGUGCUUGAUGCAUAUGUGUACAACUAAGUUUAAACUGUAUGUUAUUCAUUGUCAGCUUUGUUUAACUGGUUAAGUUUGAUUAGCAAGCAACUGAUCUAUAAAAAGCAUCUUAAUGUAAUUUAAUCCUAUGCUGUGAUUUUAUGUACAUAACUUUUCUGAAACUGCCCUAGUUUUUUUUUUUUUUUUUCCAAUUUGUAAUUAUUCAUAUUGCUUUUUUUUUCCUCAUUAUGGUGCAUAGUUGAACUAAUCAUUUUAUCUAUCUGGCUGCUAUUUUCAUUAUGUUUGAAUUUGUUGGUGGAAAUGCAUUAUUCAGCAGUGCAGUAAUCAGUAUUGUAGUAUAGAUUCAGAUUGUAUGAACUCUUUAUCAUGUUGCAUAGGAUUGUAUUCUGUAGUCCUGACUGUUGGGUCUGUUUGCAGCCAUGAGGUCAGCCAUAUAUAUGGAAGUAAGCAUACACCACUGCUAAGAUACACAGCUUGAUAUUCUGAGAAAAUAAGGCCUGUGGACUAUAAACAUUAGUCAUUUGUGGUUGAUGUAAAAAAAUAAUGCAGUUUCCAAGAAAGUAACAAUAGGUUUUUAUGGGGCAUAAAGGUAGGAGUGAAUAUAAUAAACUGCAGUCAUGAAAAAGAAGUACAGUAGAAUUUAUUAAAGGGGACCAAAGGAAUUGCAGCCCAAAAGCUGUAUGUGUAGACCAAAUUAAAUAGAGUGGGUAGACUGAACCAUAUCAAGUGUUAGGGGAGGUGGGGCGUCCUCAAAAAGUUCCAUAUUUGGGCUAAAAACAAUCGUGGCCAACAUAAAUCCAAAUUUGUCCUGAAAGGUCAGAACUCAUUCAACAGUAAAUAAGGGAAUUGGGCACAGAGAACUUUAAACGCAUUGCAAUCCAAAGCGUUGAGGUAUUCAGCCAAAUGAAGCACAGUGUGAAAAUGGGGUGAUGCUGUCUGACCCCCCAUCCGAAUGUAACAUGCAAACAUAUGGCAAUAAAUAAUAAAAAGGAGAACGGAGCUAAAUCUUCCAAAUUUCAGAUGUAAGCCAAAUAUGUUAUGAACCUACACUGUUUCGAAAGAACCUGUUGAAAGCUCCUCACACGUUUUAAAUUCAAGCAUAUACUGACCAUAUUGGUGUUUAGAAAUGGCAUUAAAUAAAGGACUUGGGUACUUCGUCAUAAAAAGAAUGACAAAGUCAAUGCCAUGAAGCUCAGAUGCACUGCCAAAUCUGCAAUCUGCUGGUACUUCGCUACAUCUGUCACUGGUUAUCCUGAAGGCAAAUAAUAUUUUUCCAUAAAGCCAGCUUUUCUCAAUCGGUUAGGCUUCUCUCCUGAUAGUACUGUACUGCAGCUGCCCCAUGAAGGGCAAAACCUUUGUACAGAUUUUACAACUGGGCAUUGUUCCAUAUGAAAUAUUAGUAUGCUCAUAUACUAUAGAUAAAUAAUUUAUUUUAUUGCGUUCUUUUAUUUUAAGUACAGUUUUCCUUUUAGUUGACUGAGUCUCCUUGUUUGUUUUGCUAACCACUUGCCUAGACACUUAUUUAGGCUGCAUGAUGUGACUGAAAGGAUUUGCUUAGGUAGUGCAGUUUGAUGUCAAAAUCAGACAACCAAGAGCUGAUGCAUAAAUGGUUGCUGCUGUGCAGCUAAGGCCGUCAGACUCUUGAGGUGUGUGUUUCUUUUUUCCAAGUCAGUAAAAUGGGGGGGAAAAAAAAAAAAAAGAGGAGAGGCACAGGGUUCAAAAGCAAUGACUGUUUAAUUGCAGAACUGAGCAAAGUGCAUCACAACCCCUUAAAAGCAAAAGUAAUUGUUCUGUGUCAAGCAAUGUCUUAGAAGGUGACAAAACAUAACAUGCAUGAAUUCUAGGAGCUGUGUAUUGCUUUGGUGUAAGAAAGCAUUCUGGGUUGGGUUUUUUGAAGCAAAAACCAUCCAAACCACUUUACUCAGAUGUGUCAAAAAAUACAUUCCUUUGCUUCUAACUUUUCUGUACUUUUUGUAGAGAUGCACAUGUUUGUAAGAUAGGCCGCUCAUCCACAUGAACGUUGGUUCCUUCACAACAGGGGUUGCAAUUAUGUUCUGUACCUUCACUGACAAUGUUGUGAGGUCACUCGCCGGUGUCACAACAGGUCAACUCCAGCUGCUACUCAAGUUCUUUUGUUUGUUAGUUCUUUGUUUUAUUUGUUUGUUUGUUCUUAAAGAAUAUAUGUGAUAUAUGAUCAAAAUUAGAAUGGCAUUGAGGGAAUUAUGAUCAAAUUCUAGAAUCUUUGCAGCCUUAUAAAGGUGCUUGUAACUGUAUAUACAGUAUUGUUUCUAUACCAUAUAUAUAGGCAUGCACUGCAUCUACCUAUAGGGCAACAUAGAGCUAGUGUAAGGACACUGAAAUUUCAUGCAAAUGCUCAAAAGGAAGCAUUUAAUUGUAUGUGCCUUUUUAAGGCUAUGAUAAAUGCACUACACCAUAUUUAAAAUAUACAAUUCAAAAAGUUGCCAAAAAAAAGCUUAAACCCAACCACCUUGUCUCCAUGAAACUGACGCAUACGCUGCAGUCAGAAUAACAAAUAAUCAUCCCUCUGGUGGUGGUCCUUUACCUCGACACCCGAGAUGAAAAGCGCAGACCAUCGCCAGCCUGACUCUCACUGCAUUCCUCGCCAUUCCCGAUUCAGUGCAGCCCUGUGUAAAAGCUCUAUGUACAUUUCAGAAUUUAUUAUCCUGUUUGUAAAUAUUUCUGUCUGAAGAAAUUUAUUUGCUUCAGAAGUCUUAUCUGUUAAAAUUGUUUAUUUACUAAAAAAAAAAAGAAAAAUGUAUUUCCUAUUUAGCAUUACAGAAAAAAUUGAAGAGGUAACCAAGAUUGUCUUGGUUUUGUAUUAUUAGAACUUUGUUAGAAUGUGUUUUUUUUUUAUUAAUUUCAAUACUUGUUUUAAAAAAAGUAGUUCAAGACUUGUACAGAAACAACUUUCUACAUUUUUGUAUGCAAAUUACAAGUUGUAAAGUAAGAUACUUCUAAUAAAACUGUAGGUAACUACA